AAUACCAUUCUGUGCAAAUGAUCGUUUGUCAUGAUCACGCACCACGGCUCAUGCAUUUUUAUGAAAUCAUUAACCAGCGGGGAGAAAAAAUAUACUUCCUCAGUCAGUUCCACGCAUCGACACGAAGAGCCACGAAUGUUCAACGUUUUCCACGUAGAAAGACACACGACAAAUAUCUGCCAAUCGAAAAUCCAAGAGUCGGUUCAGGAACGAUGUCGAAAGUGUACACGGCGGAGGAGGUGUCCAAGCACAACUACGAGGAGGAUCUAUGGAUCGUGUACAAGGACAGCGUGUACGAUAUCACGAAAUUCGUCAAAGAGCACCCUGGCGGCGAGGAAGUGUUGGUGAACUCGGCUGGAAAGGACGCCACCGAGUGUUUCGACGACGUGGGGCACACGCUGGAAGCCAUACAACUUAGGGAAACGUAUAAAAUUGGCACGGUGACUGGCACCUUCCCCAAAGCAGCACCACUCCCCAAGAGCGUCCCAGAAACGACGAUAGAGCAAGACAAUUCGGAACAGAAACCACCAAAGUAUGAAUUAUUAUACUGGAUACCGGUACUAGCAGCUGUCGUUUAUGCAAUAAUAAUGUGGUUCUCUUAGGACCGACGAUCGUUCCAAGUUCCUCGAAUAUUCAUUAGAUCGAUGGAGAAAAUGUACAAUAGCAACGAAUAAAAUUCUUAUCGUAAUCGACGUUCUUCGACCGUCACAUUCUUUCAAGCAAAACAGAGACUAAAGGAUUAAAUAAUAAAUAAAUGUUAAAGGAAAUAUUGCCACCGACCGUGCAAUGCUCGAAGCACAGUCUAUUUUAUCUUGAGGUUUGCUUAUCAAAUUUAUGAUAAGCGUAAUCAUUUAAAAUUCAAAUUGAGAUAUACUAUCUCAUUUCACAAAAAUUGUACACCGCGAAGCCACUUCAUUUAUCGUAUACCCUCGAAUUGAUAGCCGUUGUAAAAAUGAUAUUCGAUUCGAACCGAUGUUACGAACAACAAUUAACUCGAAACGAAAUAUGCAAUUUUUCACGGAGAACCAAAGGUUGGUUACGGAGCUGCAUAAAAAUAAUUAAUUAUACAAACUCAUCGAUUCCACGGAAAGGCUGUAUUUUGUAUUUCUUCCUACAGUUUCAAUUUAAUUAAAAACUGAAACGUUCGGGCGGGAGGAGCAAAAAAAAAAUUUAAUUACUUUUUACAUUAGUUCCCAAGUGGUCUCGCGUCUUUUGUUAUAUGAUAAAACUGUCUGCCUCGUAGAAUCAUAUUUAUGUAAAAUAAUCGAUCGAACAAAAUUUAACGAAGAUUAUUGUACCGCAAAAUUUAUAAAACUUCUGAUUAUCUGUAAAUGGAACACCGAUGAAACAAAAUGAAAUUAUCGUUAGAAAAAUUAGCGUAAGAUAAUUAUAAUCGUCGUCAAACAAGGAAAAGUGCCUUCGUCACGAUGACUGGCAAUUUCUAUCGAGCGAUAGUCUACUUUCUGUCAACAAUUAUUGCUUUCAAUCGUGACGCUUCGAUUAAUUGAUUCGCGAUCAGUACGAUUUGUUAUUUUUUAUUGGAAAGAUCUGGAAACCGAUAUAUCGAAUAAAGGAGAAUUGACUUUGAAUAAUGUCUCGUUAGAUUAUGAUAACUAUUAACACGUUCACUGCCAGAUCAAAACCGUAUAAUAUUCUGCACAAGUAAAAUAUUGAUUUUAGUACUGCGUACUUAUUUUCGUAACCUUGUUAAAAUUCACAAACUC